GCGCUCCGAGUCCUAGUACCACGUACUGGGAGAUCUAUUUAAUCAGGGAUAGGUCGUGUAAGGAAGUACGAAGCCCUCUCCUCGGAUAUUCAGACAUCUCAACUCAAAGCGACUACUGCGCCGAUGCAAACAGAUGUUGCGGAACUCGUUGGGAUGAUCGUGGAGGCGAUCCUUUACGGUAUCUUCACGGUACUCACAAUCGGCACUCUCUAUAUCUUAACGAAGAGAGGUUCAAAUGCGGACCUCAAUUACGCCGUCAUUUUCACUUCGGUGCUCAUGUUCGUUCUGGCGACGGCUGAAAUCGUUGUCAAUUGUGUGGUCAUCUUCGACGCUUUCAUCGAAAUCGCCCCCGGGCCCAAUCCGCGAGCUGUCCGAAAGCUAAAGAUGGACAAUCUCGGUAAUCCUUUGGUUUUGGCGAAGAAAGCAAUAUUCCUUACAAUGAUGAUAUUGGGGGAUGUCAUUGUGAUUUACCGUUGUUGGAUUGUCUGGGCAAAGAAUUGGUAUGUCAUCAUCUUGUCUUCUCUCUGUUGCUUGGCUAGCGCCACUAUAGCCUAUAUGACCAUGUAUUCGGCCCAGCAUCCAGGAACCUAUCCGGGCCUCUUAGAGCGACCUUGGGCCUCUGGUGCUGCCAUGUUUACCCUAUCCAUCGUUGCGAACGGAGUGGCAAAUUUGUUGAUUGCAUUCCGUAUCUGGCGGAACGAGAGGGAAGUCAUCCAUCACUCAACUGGUAGUUCCAGGACGGCCGGUAGGCUGCCAAGUAGCGUUGUGUGGGGUCGCAAUAGUUUCUUUCCCAUCGCAAGAAUUAUUUUGGAGAGUGGUGCUCUCUAUACCGUAUUCUUAAUUGCCUUCACUAUCGUCCUCCGGCGCGAGACUCCAAGGCGUCAACAAAGUAUGCCGAUCCUGGCUAACAUGAUCACGCCCUUAAUCGGGAUUAUAUUUUCCCUCGUCAUUGUCAGGGUGAAGAUUUUGAGUAACAGGUCGUUGAAGGACAGUCAAAGGACGACCGCUGCUAGCUCUCAACACCCCAUUGAAUUCAAUCAGAAUCGGAGCGAACAGAACAACGACGAGGAGAUGUAUGCCUUGGAGCCUGAAAGUAACGUAAGCCUACAGGGGAAAAGCAUCGCGUAUAGUAGCAAGCAUGUUCCCGUCCAAUCUGACCAAGUGGAGGGGUAUGGUAGACAUAGGGCCACGUCGGAUAUUUCUUAG